GAGGACGCCAUUGCAGCCGCAGCUGGCCGUUUGUGAGUCGGCGGAGGAGAGAGACAUUACCAAAGUGAACAAUGUCGACUGGCUUUCAGGGAUUUCCCUGGCUCGGCUCUCUCUUCUGGGGCUGUGGUGUGGAAACCGAGGAGUAAGAUGGACGUUUUAUCCCCGUCGAGAGUGAAAAUGUGGAGCCGCAGCGCUGAGCCUAAGCAGCAGUCCCCCACCAUUCCUUCACCAGUCCGGUGGCCCAGCUUCUCACCAUGAACACCAGCAGGAACUGUACCACAGUGGGGAAUGGCGAGGGUCUGGCUGCCCUGGAGUCAGUCUCCAUUGUGACCAUCACGCUGCUCGCCUGCCUGGGGAACUUUCUGAUUGUGGCAACCCUUUAUCGCAGGCCUUAUCUGCUCACACCCAGCAACAAGUUUGUGUUCAGCCUGACUCUGUCCAACCUGCUGCUGUCCGUGCUGGUGUUGCCGUUCGUAGCUGUGAGCUCAGCAAAGAGAGAGUGGAUGUUUGGGGUGGUGUGGUGCAACUUCACCGCCCUGCUCUAUCUCCUCAUCAGCUCUGCCAGCAUGCUCACCCUCGGAGCUAUCGCUAUCGACAGGUACUACGCCGUGCUCUACCCGAUGAUCUACCCCAUGAAGAUCACAGGCAACCGGGCGGUUGUCGUCAUCGCCUAUGUGUGGUUUCACUCGUUGGUAGGCUGCCUGCCUCCUCUGUUCGGCUGGUCCUCCUUUGAGUUCGACUGCUUCAAGUGGACGUGCGUGGCGUCGUGGCACAGUGAGCCGAGCUACACGGCCUUCUGGGUCACCUGGUGCAUCCUCCCACCCUUCUUCAUUAUGCUGGCGUGUUACGGUGUCAUUUUCCGCGUAGCCCGCAUGAAAGCCCGCAAAGUUCACUGCGGGACUGUUGUUGUGGCCCAGGAUGACUCCACUGGAGCCCAGAGGAACGGGCGUAAGAACUCAAGCACCUCGACUUCCUCUAAUGGAAGUCGGCGGAGCCUCGUGUACGCAGGGAGUCAGUGCAAGGCUUUGGUCACCAUCUUAGUGGUGAUUGGCACCUUCCUCAUGACCUGGGGGCCAUACGUUGGGGUGGUGGGCACUGAAGCCUUGUGGGGUCAGGGCAGCGUGUCUCAGUGGGUGGAGACUCUGGUAGCGUGGCUGUCUUUCUGCAGCGCGGUGUGCCACCCACUCAUCUAUGGCCUGUGGAAUAAAACGGUGAGGAAGGAGCUGCUGGGGAUGUGCUUUGGAGAUCGGUACUACAGAGAGUCGUUUGCCACGCGCCAAAGGACGUCCCGCCUCUUCAGCAUCUCCAACAGAAUCACAGACUUGGGGAUGUCCCCACACCUGACUGCCAUGCUCGCAGGUGGAGGACAGCUGUUGGCCCCAGGAAGCAGCACAGGAGACACUGGCUUCAGUUUCACUCAGGACUCAUGCACAGAUGUGAUGCUGCUGGAUAACUUCUCCACAGAUGGCUCCUCCCUCGCACAGCACCACGGGCCUCCAUCCGGGAAAAGGAGGAGCUCAGUCACCUUUGAAGACCAGGUGGAGCAUUCCAAAGCUGAAAACACAUCCUCAGUCCAGAUCCACGCAGAGGUGCACAAAUCUCUCGACAUGUUCGCCUCCUGCUUGGCGAAAGCCAUAGAGAGCGAUGCUAAGCUUACCCUGUUUGGGGAGAGUUCAGCUCUGUCGGCAGGACUCCUCACAGCGAGGGUCGCACCGAGGCCCAGAUACCUGGAAGGCCAGAGACUGAGGCUGGAGAGUAUUGAUGAGGGGAUCGUUAAGGAUGACAGAGGUGAAGAAGAGCAGGAUGGGGAGGAGAAACCCACCUGAACAGCAGCUUUUCCACUCUUGACACUGUUACAGAGCUCUGUGGUACCGCUGAUGAAGUCUGCCCUCUUUACAUGUGGAUACUCCUUACUUGAAAUUAUUAGCGAACAGGAAGAGGCAUGUUAUUCAUUUUACGAUGUUGGACCCGGUGUAUAGCAUCAAAUCUAAUAGGAAGCCUUAACUACUGUAACUUAAUUGGUCUGAUCAUUGUAUUAACUUCUCCUAUAGUAUAUAUCAUGUUAUUGUAUGUUUUUAAGCUUAAUAAGAAAAAUUGCCUCCAAAAUGAAAGAAAAUAACAGCAUCUUUUGACAGAUUGGCUCUUUUCAGGUGGAAUUUCUCUUCUAACAUUCCACUCCACUACAGGUUUUCCACUCACUGUGGAGAAUUAGACUGUGAGGUACGUGUUUACUCAGCGCAGGACAACCUGCACCUUUGUCACUCUUACUGGUAUAGGAUUAACUCCAGUAAUUUGGAUUUGCAUGGGAAAGAUUCCCAUGGUUACCACUUUGUGCCAGAUGUCAGAUCAUGUGACCACUUCAGAUGGUUGUGCUUCUGCAAAUCUGUCCCUGCAAGGCAUAAAAAAAGCUUUUUACUGAUAAUAAUAUCUGAGACAUGUACGUUGAUGGUCAGGUGUGUGCAGGUAAAGGAAGUAACUGUGUGUUUACAGAAAGGGAAUAGACCAGAGUCAUUUUCAAUAUUAUUGUUACCACCUGUCACUUUGCCUCCUGCAACAGUGACGUUUUACUGAUUUCAGAGGCAUCACUGGUAGAUUUGGAAAAACUAGAUCACCUGCAGGUUUAAAUGUUAAUGUUAUUCCAGCCUUCCCUUCCAAUGCAUAGUGAUCUUUAAACAUAGGAAAUUAGUGGAUACUAAAACAAGUUGCUUUGGAGUGAGACGGUUUACUAUAUUUAUGUACUGUUCAGUCCAGAGCGAUGUACUAUGAAGGAAGUUCAACCAUAACCAAACCACAACAACAGUUGCCUGAAGGCGCUGUUUAUUGUACUCUAUAAUAAUAUUGACCGUACAAUAAUGGGGGGGAAUUCAGUUGAUCCGCUAUGAGCAAGUACUUGGUGACAGUAAGAAGGAAAAACUUCCUUUUAACAGGAAGAAACCUCCAGCAAAACCAGGUUUAGGAAGCGGUAUGUUUAUUUAAAAAAAAAAUAAAAAUCUGAAAACACACACUGACAAAAGAGUCGUGGAAAUUACUUUAGGUUGCAGAUCAAAGUCAAAUUAAGUUUGACUGAACAGCUGUUCUGUGUUCUAGUAGCUGCAGUUUCAACAGAGUCAGAGAGACUUGGUAUAAUAACAUUUACACACUUCUAAAUGACCCAAUUAAUAUGUGCACAUUCCAGUGACAAUGGGAUGCAGUUUGCAUUUCGUUCAGUGAUGUUAGUAAAGGUACGGCAUAACACUUUGCAUAUAUGAACAUAUUCUGCCUGCAAAAAAUCUAAAAUGUCUGUUAAUAUCUGUAGUAUGAAUAAGGUGCCUGCUGUAAGCACAGCUGGAGUCCUGGUAUUUCAGGAUUACGUGUGACUGUGGGCAAACACAGUUAUUGCACUUAAACACACAAUGUGUACUCUUUCACUGCAGUUUCUUAUCAGUGAAGACCGAAUGAGCUAACAAGAAAUGGAGAUCAGAGGAAAAUGAAGUCCAGAAUUAAUAAUCGAUCUUGUUGAUGUCAGAAAUAUGUUUGUGUGUUUAGUGUUGAAUCAGAGGAAACCCGAGCAUAGGGAAUAUUCAUUGGUACACUGGGUUGUACCUCACCUUAUACACUCUCUGUAUUAGGAAAAAGAAAAUUUUAUACAUAGAGCCCAGUUGUGGUGCUUCAGUCUUACCUCGUAUGUUGAACAGGUACUAUGUUUGUAAGAAAAAAAAAAUGUACACCUGAGUGAUGUAACCUUUUCAUAUACAGUAAGUGUUAAUACAAAU